AUGCCUAAUGGUAAUGCUAAAAAACUUGCAUCCAUAAAGGGUACUCUUACUCGAUUUCAUAAUUAUUUCCAUACCAUCAGUCAAAAAUCUAAUCCAGAUAUCACAGAACUGGAAUGUAGACUAGCUUCUGUCGAAUUGCUGUUAGACAAUUUUAACAAAAUUCAAGAAAAAAUCGAAGAUUCAGAUGGAAAUUUUGAGGAAAAUUUUGAAUCAGUUCAUUCAGUAGCGCGUGCUGAAUUUGAAAAUGCCUUUUACGAAAUUAUAUCAAAAACCAAGCAAUUUUUGAACGAUCAUCGCCCAUCGCUAGUAAACAAUGCGGCUUUACAUUCCCCUCCACAAUUUGUACAGCCAGAUUUGCAGGCUAUCAAGCUUCCGGCCUUGAAUAUCCCACAUUUUGAUGGAUCAUACGAUCAGUGGCUAUUUUUCCGAGAUACCUUUCGCUCUUUAAUCCAUAACAAUGAUGCCCUAAGCCCCAUACAAAAGUUUCAUUAUCUGAGAUUGUCACUAAAAGGUAGCGCCGCAGACACAAUCAAGUCUCUCGAAAUUUCAAAUCAAAAUUAUAAUGUAGCUUGGGACUUACUGGAGGAACGCUUCGAAAAUAAGCAACUUUUAGUCAACAAUCAUAUAAAAGCACUUUUUGACAUACCUACCAUCCAACGAGAAGGCUAUGCUAGCCUACGGGACUUAGUAGACAGCCUACAGAAACACUUGCGAGCUUUGGAGGUUUUGAAACUACCUGUCUCGCACUGGGACUCGAUACUCAUCUACCUCAUUUCCUCCAAGCUAGAUAACGCUACUCGCCGCGAAUGGGAAAUGCGGAGCAAAACGCAAGAACUUCCUACCAUGACGGAAUUUUCAGAAUUUCUAAAAAACAAGUGUCGAAAUCUGGAAUCUUUCGAAAUGUACCAUGAUAAAGCGAGACAAAAUCAAUCGUUCAAUAAGCACGUCAAGCCCAAGGCAUUUGUAGCUACACACAACGAAAAUACGUCAUGCGCGUUUUGUAAAAGGGAUCAUUCAAUCUAUAUUUGCCAAGAGUUUAUUCGCUUAGCCCCCACAGAGCGUUUUAAUGAAACAAGGCGCCUCAAUCUUUGUAUCAACUGUCUGAGAUUCGGACACAACGUGAAUAAUUGCAAGUCCAUGUUCUGUAAAUAUUGCAGCAAGCCUCAUCAUACUUUACUGCACUUUCCUAGCAAACCUGAAGCUCGACGACACGACGCGCCUCCUUCGCCGCCUGCCGUUCGGCGUCAGUACAAUGGGCGUCAUAACGCAGCCGCCGUUGCCGCUGAUGCGCCCACGCCAUCCACAGCCACCGCUGAGCGCGGUGCCGCGAGCCAGCGCGGAGAACGCAUCAACAGGUUCAAGAAAUUUGUAUUGUCACUCAUUUUACCAAAUCAAAUACAGUCCACUUUUGUAAACUCAAAUAAACCUAUCACCAGACUGGAACGGAUGUGUCCUUGCCGCACAUAA